AUGGAUUUCUUAAAGAAACUUUCCGAGGGCUUCUUGGACGAACGAAUGUUUCGAUGUAUGCACAAGGAGGGUGCUCCUCUCCGGCCCAUCGUAUCACUGAAAGGCACUCCAACGUACGGACUGGCUAAAUGGCUAUUUCGGCGCCUAGAAUUCCUAAUCUCUGAUGCAGAGACCACUGUCCGCUCAUCCACACAAUUCUUGGAGAAACUUAAAGAGGAUCUGGUAGUCGAGACCGUCGACCUGCUCCUACGAAGCAAAUACGAUGAGACGGCGAAUUGCCUUGGACAUGCCGAAAUCCUACAGCUCCUGAAGUUCUGUCUCAGGACGUACUUCACGUUUGACGGAACAAUCUACGAGCAGGUGAAGGGGACACCAGUGGGUUCACCGAUUUCAGGACUCAUAGCCGAGGCUGUAUUUCCUGUGGUUGUAAUUUCCGAGCUUUCAAGUCCGGCAGUAGUGCCCAUGAUUGGGGUUCCCGUGCUUCCGCUUCCCGCUUUCAUUCCGCUGGUUGUAGUUUCCGAGCUUCCAGGUCCCGCAGUCGUUCCCAUGGGCGAAGUUCCCGAUCGUCCACUGUCCAUCUCGGAGCCUGCCCCCCGCGCUGCCAUGAUCACGCAUUUUGCCUGCUCUGUCAACGUGGCCAAUUAA